AAAUCGCCAUUCGGCUUGGAUUUCUCGAAACGGAAGGCACGCGUCGCGUUCUCUCCGCCCAAUCAAAUUGCAAUUAUUCCUGCAAUUUCCCUAAAGUCAUUGCAAUGUGCAUUGAAUUAUUGUUCUAAAGUUCAUUCAAAAGUGUUUGGAGUAGUUAAAGUGUAUGCCGUAUUGUGUGUAAUGCGAUAUAAUUGAUAGUACAAGCGAGAAAUGGAGAACGAAAACAAGCUGUCAAGUGGUUCUUUUUCCAAGAAUGAGUACGAGAGUGAUUCGGCACACGAUGAGGAAAUGUCCGAAUAUUCUGACGGGGCCCUUGGUAAUGAAGAUGGUGAUGUUGGGAAGGGGGGUCGAACAAGAUGGACUAAAUAUGAGGAUAUUGCACUGAAGAAUUUGGUGGAUACAUAUGGUGAAAAUUGGUCGAUUGUUGCGAAGCAGAUGAAAGAUCGAACAGAUGUUCAGUGUCAGCAGAGAUGGACAAAAGUUGUGAAUCCGGAAUUGAUUAAAGGACCUUGGACAAAGGAGGAGGAUGACAAAGUUGUUGAACUUGUAUCGAGAUAUGGUCCAAAGAAGUGGACUCUGAUUGCACGUCAUUUGAAGGGACGUAUUGGAAAGCAGUGUCGUGAGCGUUGGCACAAUCAUUUGAAUCCGUUGAUUAAGAAGACGGCUUGGACAGAUGAGGAAGACAAUAUUAUCUAUCAGGCACAUCAGCAGUGGGGCAAUCAAUGGGCAAAAAUUGCAAAAUUACUACCAGGUCGUACGGAUAAUGCGAUAAAAAAUCACUGGAAUUCAACGAUGCGUCGAAAAUACGAAACUGUUGAUGUGUCCCGACGAUCACGAAAUGCUAAUAAGAAAAUGUCCCUAAGAGCUCUAAUUACCACCAAUCGCAAAUCCUUCAUACAAAAUUGCAAGAAGACCGAUAGUAGUCAUGGAUUGAUGCAUGGUGAUGGUGAACAAAUUGCCAUUUCCACCCAAAAGGGUGACUUUCUCCUUGAGGCUAUUCGUGGGAAAGGUGAUGCUGGCUUUAUCAUGUCACCAAUUCUCAAUAAGAAUGACAGUCGAUCUUCCUUCAUUUUGUCACCAGCCAGAGGCAUGCAAUCAUCCAAGUAUCAGAACGAAUACAUGGACAAUCUUCAAAUUCCAUUAUCUCUGGAUGAUUUACUGGAUUCGCCGAAGCAGAGCCACAAGAAAUUGAUUGAUAAUCCCCCAGCGAUCCUGAGGAGGUCCAAGAAGAGGCGUUUCUCAGAAGAAAAUGAGAAACAUUUAAAUAACAUUGAAAUGGAUGAUGUUAGAGCGUUGGAAUCGCCAUCGGUGACACCCAUAAAACCUCUCCCAUUUUCACCGAGUCAAUUUCUCGCCUCACCCUGUAUGAAUUUGUCCCUUGACAUUAAACUUCCGGCUAGUACACCUGUUCGAAACAGUAGAGAUGAAAAGGAGGAUGAAAAUGCUGCUUUGACAACUCCACCGCCGGAUGGUAAACAUGAUUCUGAUGCUGAAAAGGGUAAAAAGGGCGAUGAUGCAGCUUUAGUUAAGCCUGAAGGUGGAAAAUUUGCUGGUGGACGAAGGCUUUUGGCGGGAAAUAAUCCACGUACACCAACGCCAUUUAAGAAGGCUCUGGCUGAAUUGCGUCGUCAGAACACGGAAUCGUAUGUGCCACCGAGUCCGGGAAGACUUGUUGAGGACAUUGUGGAGAUGAUGAAUAAGGAACAAAUGCAGGAUUCCACUGAUAGUGUUUAUGAGACGACCGAGGGGGGUAAUUCGGUUAAGGCAUCCACCAGUACAGCUGGUGCUCAGGGUGCUGAUGAUUCCAAGGAGAAUUCUCAGCCGCAGGGAGUGAGAAAGGCACGAAAAUCACUUGGAUCUGCUUGGGAUAAUACCACAGAAAUGCCCUAUAUGGCAGAAACUCCGAGCAAGUCCUUGAAUUCCGAUUCAGGCGUGAUCUUUUCACCACCCAGCAUCAUGAAGAAUACUCUGGGUGACUCUGAGUUGCUGAUGGAUACCCAAAUGGACGACAAUGAUGACGAAUCAUCCAAGAAGAGUGGCUAUCAGGUAUAUUUUUCACGCAAUUGCUUCAAUAACAGUAGCACUAAUAUUCAUACUGGCGGUAUUCGGGCCAUGAGACAACUUCACAAUGAUACACAAUUUCAAUGGGUGAAUGGGCGAAAUUCUGGUGGAUUUCAGGAUAGCAAUAAGGAGAAUGUGUCUGAUGUCUCGGGGGGUUUUGUGGAAUUUAAUCCAUUGGUCGAUGAGAGUGACAGUAAUGUGGAAAAUUUUCAAUUGUCCAAAUCAAUUUAUGCCAAUAGCAAUCAUCAACAGGUUAAAAUGAUACCUUUAGGGAAUCAUCAACAAAUACCACCAAUUUCUACUUUUGGCUUCAAUAGAACCAACAUCUUGCACAAUCAUUCGCAUUUUCAACAUAUUCCUCAUACUCAGGCUAAUUUUGAUAGCACAAAUGGUGCUUUUAUCACAACGCAGACACAGCAGCAAAUUUCUGCUGCGAAUUGGCAAACAAAUUGUUUUGGUGGAACCAUGAAUUUAAUGGGAAAUUCCAGUUCAACAAUUACAUCUCAGCAUCAGAAUGUCAAUCAUGGGAAUGUCAGUAGUUUACUGGGAGGAAAUAUUUCAAGUGAUAUUGGUGAGAAUGGUACGAGAAAUGCCAAUAAUAAUAAUAAUGGGAAUCGUUUUAAAACUUUCGAUCUAAAUGAUGAAUAUUGGUUGGAUUUCUCACAAUUGGAGUACCUAUGAAAUUUAUAUACAUUUUUUCAUUCUAAUAACCUUUUCUGCUAAUCUCUGGAUUUUCUCACCAAUUUUUUUUUCACACACUGCAAUUUGAAAGUAGUUUUGUUCUAUUCGUGCUUAAAGAUUUUCUGGGAUAAACAUAUCAUAAAAGUUUUUAUUUUUUGAUAAAGUGUCCAUGAUAAAUUUUUUAUCCAAACUUCAAUUAUUUUUAUCUCAGUCUUUAUCCUUUUGCAAAAAAAAAACUUCUUUUUCGAGACAAAAAAAAGAAUCAUACCAAAGAAGUGUAGUGUAGUCAUACAUCUUGGGAUAAUGUAUCAAUGUGCUAGAUAAUAUCUCUUACAAGAUACAUCAUUAUCUCAUCCUAACCUUUCCACUUUUAUUUUCAUUUUAUAAAAGUCCGAAAGAUAAUGAUGAGGGGAUAAUAGGUGAAAAUUCUAGAGAGCAAGAAAAAAAAAUGUAAAUUGACAAAUUUUCAUAAUGAAAAUUUGAAAUGUAAAUAUUUAAUUAAAAAAAAAGUAAAACAAAGUUACAAUUAGGAAAAAAAAGACAUUAAAUAUUUAAGAUGCACGUUAAAGGGUGAAUGAGAAUACCAUAGAAAAAAAAAGAUACGCUAACAAAGUUUUUUUUGUCUCUCUAAGAAUAGUCUUUAUGAAAAAACAAUGAAAGAAAAGUGUAUAAAAAGUAUUAAAAAUAGUAAUAUAUUCGCACAGAGUAAUUUAAUUAUAAAAAAAUAGCUUAA